AUGAACUCAGUCACCAACAAGGAUAGGCACCUGAUGGAAGAUCAAGCUUCGAGACAGAAAAGGAAGAUAAGGAUCUACGUCUUUUUCAUAAUCUUAUUCACAGUUAUCAUCGGAUCAAUCAUCACAGUUUCCAUAGCUCUCAUACAAGAAAAAGAGUCUGAGUUACUCUCUGCUUCAACUCCAGAUAGAUCAAUUCAUGCCAUCUGCAAUCUGACUCCAAAACCAACCUCAUGUUUCGACUCCAUAUGGAGCCUCUACACGAAUUUCGCCACCGAUUUAGGCGAGAUCAAGACCACCCCAUCAAGAAUUUUCGCCCUCUCUCUCCGUGCUGCUAUCAAUCAGCUAGAGGACUCGAUGUCAGCUAAUGAAAAGGCAAUCUCUGAGGUCAAAGAUUCAAGAACUUUGACAGUUUUGAAAGACUGCGAUGUUUUGUUCAGGAAUUCUUUGAGGCUUGUAAACGCGUCUGUGACUGCAAUGGGAGUCGAAUCCGAUGACAAAAUCUUUAAGGUCGCGAAAUCUGUUGAUGACAUGAAAGAAUGGAUGUCAAGCUCUGCUGCAAAUAUAGACAAAUGUUUGGCCGGAUUAAGAUAUGAUCUUCAAGGAUCGAUAAAUGGGAAGUCUUAUUAUAGUCUACGGGAAAUGAGGAUCAAGGUUUCGCACGCAAGGGAUGAUGUAGCUAAUAGCUUGGUGAUGCUCAAAAAGAUGGACACCAUUCUUGGCAUAGCUAAUAGCUUUGAGUUUGAUAUACUGGAAUAUCUUGGUUUUGGAUUGGUCCUUUAUGUUCCACAGUAUUUGGUCUUAGUCGUUCUCAUUUGCACGGUGAUACGAUUGUAA